UCGAAGCAAGUUAUAGCAAAGCAUUUAUUCUAUUCUAUAUAAACAGAACCAGUUAUAAUAUAUAGAAAAGAUCUACACAAUUCCAAGUAUCUAAAAGUAAACGCUCUGCUACAGCCGUCCAAAGCAUCGGAAUUCGAUCGCGUAGCUUUUGGCCUAACUAUUAAUCCUUCAGGCGACCUGAAAAACUGGAGAUUGGCGGAAGAUAAGGCGUUGAGUGCUCUUAAAUACGACUCCUUAGUGAAUAGAACAGCGGCUGCAAUCGAACUAUUGGACGCUAUAACAGUUCAGGGAUGUGAUUCAGAAAGGUUUUUCUUCUUGUUUAAAACUCUAUCCUUUUAAUAGUUAAUUAUGACAGCAAUGUUGAUUAUUACUAAUAUGUAUUUCUUUAUAUCAAAGCAAUCUUUGUUUUUUUUUUCAAUUCUUCGUUCUCCCCUCCUUUCCUAUCCUUUCCUCUUCCUUUCAGUGAAAUGUUCAAUAGGAAUUGUAAAAAUAAGGAAUGAUUGUAAAUUUUAUAAAUAUCGUUAUUGUUUAUUAGAAAUUACAACUAAAUAUAAUAUCUUCUUUCUGCGUAUGGGAAGAAAAAUUAAUUGGCUUCCUGAAUCACAUCCUAGGAGAACGAAAAACGUAGACAAAUAAUUGAUAACCUCCAAAGAAAGUUGACAAUUGUUGCUAGAAGUCGACGAAUCAAGCAUAUGAAAAAUAGGACUACAGGGUAUACGAAUAAUUCAAAAUUUAAUUCAGUAAUGGCAACCCUUUGGGCUAAAAGACGAGAGCGAAAUAUAGAAAAUAUUCUACUAAAUACUCCUACUGUACCUAAUUAUGCUAAUAAUUUAGAAAUAUUCAGAUCUUCUAUCGACUAUGGUAGACCUAAAUCAGCGAAUUUCCUUCUUACAAAAAAGCAGCAAUAUAAAAAAUAUUCUAGACCUAAUAGUGGCUUUUGUUCAACUAAAAAUAAGUACACGUCAAUCAGCGAAACUAGGAGUAAACCAAAGGAAAAGCCAACUAAUAUAACGAAUAAUAAGAGUAGCGAAAUGAGAAUUAUAAAUAACAAACUUUCUAUAGACUUCAAUGACAAACGAACAGCUAUAAAGGAUACAAUAUCUAUUUGUUCAUUUUCAAUUAUCUCUCCCAAAUCGAGUGUCAAUGCAGAGCAAAUAUUAAAUAGUAAAUCAUUGAAAUUGAAUAAAUCUUCAAAUUCUUUGAAUCAAUCAACUACAUCGACGAAACAUAAUGGAAAGCACUUUAAAAAUACUAUAUUAAAUCUGGAUAAUUCUAAGACGACUAUUAAGAAGAAAAAGUCAUUAACAAAAACCAAGAAAAAUACAGUUUCACCUGAUCAUAUAGAACCAAUUGAAAAAAAGAUUGUAGACCAUUCAAAUUUCACUCAAACUUAUAAAGAUAAACUUGUUAACAACGAUAUUGAUGAUGAUAAUGAUAAUGGCCAUGAUAAUGUUGAAAAUAACUCUAAAUUAUUGUUUAAUGAUAAACAGUUUAUCUAUGACAAUUUAAAAGUAAAAGGUGACACAGCUGUUGAAUUUUUCGAGUUGAAAGAAGACAACAAGGAUAUUGCCAAAAAUUAUUUACUGAGCAAAAUUCCCAAUCAAAAGGAGUGUGAUGAAAAGGAAUAUGAGAAAGAAGGGGAAAACAAAGAAGAAUAUGAAGAGGAAUUUACUCAAUCUACAAAUGAUCCAUGGGUUUAUCGGAUUGAGGAAUCGGAUGAAACCUGCAGUUCAGAUCUAUCUGACCUAAAUUCUGUCCAAGUUAAUAGGGAUAUUGAUAAUUUGCAGAGUUUUUUAAAAGAUGAAGGAGAAAUGGUUAGAACUUCGAGUGAAAAUAUUCACGAAAGUUUAACUGAUAGAAAAGAAUUGCUUAAAAGAGAAAAAGUAAUUACUGAUGAGAAAUCAGUUGGCUUUAAUUUACAAACUGGAAUAACUCAAUAUACAAAAGAAUCGAGCGAAAUAUUGAAUAAUCUAGAGGCAAACGAUAACAUAAGCGAAUUUUCAAGGAAAUCGUCUAGAAAUCGUUCUAGCCGAGCUUCAUUUCCGAAAAGGAAAAGCUCUGAUUCUGGAUUUUUAGCUUAUAAGGAACUCAUGGGUAAAGAUUUCAAAGUAAUUGAAAAGUUAAGGUGGCACGAUCUUUCAACUUAUUCCCUAUCAAUGCAGUCAUCAAGAUUUGAGUUACCCAUAGAUAUACAAAAUUUAGAGGGUUUAAAACCUUUGGAAUAUCUUCUGGAGUUUACAAUUAUUAGCGAAAGGAGAAGUGUCAUUUACUCUAAAAUCUUUUUCAAAUAUAGAUCUGGUUUAUUUGGUGGUAUUACACCGAAGGAUAUUAAUAAAGCAGUGUCGGAUGUUUUUGUAUCAGUUAUAAAUGUAGAAGAGCUAAUGGGAUUAAAGGAGAUAACUUUAGCUGGUGAAAGCUAUAUGAAUCAAAGAACUUUUGGGGUAUUUUGCGCUUUUGCGGAGAGAUUACUUUUCAUAAAAAGAGCGUAAGUAAAAAGGAAAUUAUAAUGAUUCUGCUUUCCUAUCAAUUCACUUCUAAUUUUCUUUUUUAUGUUUACUUUAAAUUCGUUCCUAUCCUAGCUUAUCUGGUAUAAAAUACUUUGGUUAUCCUCAAAGGCCUCACUUAGAGCAAGCUGAUUUUUACAACUUUAAGAAAACUGUUGAAAUAAUUAAAAUUGAUGAAAAUCUUCAAUAUCUUUUUGACAUUCUCAAUAAUCCAAACAACGUUCCAGUAGAAUUGCUAUCCACUACCGAAAAAUUGAUAAACUAUACUGGCGAAGGGAAGUUAACGGGUUUGACCUCUUUAACAAAUAAUAGCAGACCGAUUCCACUCAUAUGGAAAAGGAACCAAUGAUUAACAUAGAAUAGUAGAUAGUCAACGUUUUUUUAAUAUUUUUCAUAAGGUUUAUAAAUUUGAAUUGAGAGAUUUAAAUUGGAAGAUUUUAAUAAAGUUUGCUUUUUUCCUUUAUCUCUAUCUAUAUUGUGUUCAACUAUCUGUAUCUUUUAAAUGUAAGAAAGUCUA